AUAGCCUUUGCCGGCUCUUGCUUCUUCCUAUCCUACUCUGUCUAUCUCUCCUGUUUUUGCGCAGUCCUAGUAGUUUGGAGGUGCUUAUUGGGCCGCAAAUGGGUCCUCUCACUCUGGCACUCAAUUCCGAUAGCUUCCCCGCCGCUGCUUCUCCUUCUUCUUCAGAUGCUUCUAGCAAGAAGUUUCUGAAUGUUCCUAUGGUAAAGCGGAAGGCUUUUGCAUCGGUGAGCAUGCAAGAAGAUAAGCCCUUUGAUUUCUUACGAACUUUAUUUGAGGGUGUUAUAGCAGGAGGUACAGCUGGUGUUGUUGUUGAAACAGCUUUAUAUCCCAUUGAUACUGUAAAGACAAGAUUGCAGGCUGCUCGUGGUGGUGGGAAAAUAGUCUUGAAAGGACUUUAUUCGGGACUGGCCGGAAAUCUUGCUGGUGUAUUACCGGCUUCUGCAAUUUUUGUUGGAGUUUAUGAACCUACAAAGCAAAAAUUGUUAAAGAUGUUUCCUGAAAAUUUAAGCGCUUUAGCUCAUUUUACUGCGGGGGCUUGUGGAGGAAUUGCUGCUUCACUCAUUCGAGUUCCAACAGAGGUCGUAAAGCAAAGGAUGCAAACGGGGCAAUUCACAUCCGCCUCUGCUGCUGUUCGCCUUAUUGCUGCUAAGGAGGGAUUCAAGGGACUCUAUGCAGGAUACGGAUCAUUUUUACUGCGAGAUUUGCCGUUUGAUGCAAUUCAAUUUUGUCUAUAUGAGCAACUUCGAAUAGGUUACAAAGUGGCGGCAAAGAGAGAGCUCAAUGAUCCUGAGAAUGCUAUAAUUGGAGCUUUUGCGGGUGCAUUAACUGGAGCUAUAACCACUCCUCUUGAUGUGAUUAAAACUAGACUAAUGGUACAGGGAUCUGCCAACCAGUACAAAGGAAUUGUUGACUGUGUUCAGACUAUUGUGAGGGAAGAAGGACCUCCAGCUCUUUUAAAGGGUAUUGGGCCAAGAGUGCUAUGGAUAGGGAUUGGUGGUUCAAUCUUUUUUGGUGUUCUCGAGAGAACAAAGCUCUUACUUGCUCAAAGACGACCAAUCGUUGGGGAAGACAAGAAGCAGGAUUAACAUUUUCAUAUGGAUUAUCCCGUGUUCUCCAAUUUUUUGGUGUAAAAGGUUCGCGGGGCAUUGAAAUUGCUUGAGUGAGCUUUGAUAAUGUCAUUAGUUUGUACCAGGAAGUAAAUCUCACUUUAGGCUAUGGUCGAACACAGUUUUGACAUUGUUAUAUAAAUUUCCUUUUCACCUGUUC